GAUUUGGCUAAUGCGAUAUGAUCCGAGCUGACCGCGAAGACCAAAACCCUCUCACCGGUGUACAAAACCCUAGCAACGUUGUCGCCUACAAUCAUCGAAGCUCGCCAGUGGGAAAAAUGAUCACGGCGAAGCGCUUCGUCCGACUACUCUUUCUUUGGUCGGCCGCGGCGACCAAGAUGAGAUUCUGUGCGGCGGCCGCUGCGACAUCUUCGCCGGCCGACGCGGCUGUAGUUAUGGCGGUCGGGACUAAAGAAAAGAAGAAUCCAAGCGUACUGUACCGCCGUCUGUCGGCUUUGGGGAGAGCUCCCCAGGGGCGUGUGACGAGGACGCUGGACAAGUGGGUGAAUGAAGGGAGGUCUGUGUGCGCGGAUGAGCUGAUUAGGUACGUUAAGGUACUCCGCAGGUACCAGCGCCACGCGCACGCCCUUGAGCUUAUGGAAUGGAUGGAAAACAACAAAAAUACAAAAAUGACUCACGUCAGUCAUGCAAUGCGCCUAGGCCUCAUUGCUAAAGUCAGGGGUAUCGAAGCAGCAGAGAAAUACUUUUCCGACUUGCCUGAACCAUUGAAAAAUGAGCACACAUUUGGAGCCCUUUUGAGUAGUUAUUGCUCAGAGAAAAAUAAGAAUGUUGAUAAAUCUUUUUCUCUUUACAAUGAAAUGAAGAACCGGAACAUAGCCUUGAAUACUCAGGUCCAUUUCAACUUAAUGUCCCUUUAUAUGAGGUUGGGCCAGCAUGAGAAGGUUCUCACCCAGUACCAAGAGAUGAAGUCAGAUAACAUAGUUCCAGAUUCGAUUACAUGCUCCAUCCUGAUGAACUGCUAUGCUUCAUUGAAUGACAUUGAAUCAGUAGAAAGAGUAAUUAAAGAAGCUGAAGAGGAUGACAAAGUCACACUACUUUGGUCUGCAUACAGUAGCUUGGCUGCCAUUUAUUGUUCAGCUGGUCUACCCACAAAAGCUGAGAAUGCUCUCAAGAAGCUUGAAACACUUAUAUAUGCCCGAGAUCAUAAGCCUUAUCAUUACUUGAUCAGUUUAUAUGCAAAGAUUAACAAUGUAGAAGAGGUGAAAAGAAUAUGGAAGUCCCUCAAGACUAUCUUUCCAAAACCUUCCAACUUGAGCUAUCUCAACAUGCUUCAGGCCCUUGAUAAACUUGAUGAUUUAAGUGGGCAACAAGAUUUGUAUGAAGAAUGGCAAUCUGUUUGCACACUCUUUGAUGUAAGGUUGGCAAACUCGUUGAUUGGUUCAUAUUUGAGAAAAGAUAUGAUUCAACAAGCUCAGUCCCUUUGGGAGAAAUCUUCAAAAAGGGGUGCCAUUCCAAAUUUCAAAACAUGUUUUAUGUUUUUAGACCACUUCUUGCAGAAGAAUGAUAUGAACUCUGCUCUUGUGUGGUUAGAAACUGCAGCUUCAUCUUCGAGUGGGAAACAGGAUAGGUGGAAGUUAAGUCAAGAUCAAGUCGACACUUUUCUGAAAGCCUUUGAAGACGCAAACGAUGUUGAAGGGGCAGAGAGGUUUUGCGAGUGUUUGAGGAGGCUCGGACAUCUUGAUUUAAAUGCAUAUGAAAAGCUCCUUCAAACGUAUUUGGCAGCCAAUUUGAAGAACCCUAAGCUUCGCCAAAGGAUUAAAGAUGAUAAGAUUAAACUGAACUCCCAAACUAACAAAUUGCUUGAAAUGGUUUGUGGAGAUAAUGAAUAAUCUUUUUCAUCAUAUGUAAUUUCCAUUUGGAUGAGAUUUAGUCGAAAAGAGUGUCUGUUUGAUUGGUGACUGGAAUCAGCACAUGUCACCAAUUUCAAUAGAUGAAUUUGAGAUGAGGGCAUGCUGAUCAGUUCAUGACUUUUCCUGAUUUUGUAUUGUUGAGGUGACUCUCACUUCAUAAAACUAGUGUUGUCUGAUACUUGAGCUUCUUUUUAUGCUCAUGGUUUGUUAAUUAAAGGAAAAUUGGGCAAAGCAUUGGAUUA